GUGGGCGUGAAGCAGAACGAGAGAUGGAGAGAAAGUGAAGAAAAAAAAGAGCCAUCACCGCCCUCGCUUUACAAGGGGUGCACCAUUUCCCUGCUCUUCGCCACACUGAGUGUAACAGGCAACGGGAGAAAAAGCAAGAGUCUGUGAAUGCUGCUGGAAGUUGUUGGCUAUGUGUGAUGCCCAGACUUCAACAUCGUUUUUCCAUCCAAGUUUUUAAGAUCUGCAUACGCCAAUGGUUUUACCACACGUAGAAUGGGAUUAACUUGGUCCGGCAAAUAUAUCUCACUGUUUCUUGCUGUUCAGUUAGGUGAGUAACUCUUUCACGGUCGAUUCGUUAUUGUUUUAUAUGUGAGUUAACAGUGAAUAGCGAAUUGUUAAUAAUGAAAGCCAAACUAUUUGCAGGUCGGCAUUUAUUGUCAUGACUCUUGUACUGGAGGCAGGCAGCUCUGUAGUGGUCACUAGCUGGAAAAGUCACAAAGUCAUAAAACCAUACUGCUAACCCUAAUACCUAACCCUAACCUUAAAUUAAGACCAGAAAUAAAAUGUUUGUUUUCACAUAUUUUUCUGAAUAUAGCUAAUUUUGACUUUGCAGCUGGCCCAUCUAGCGGAUAUCGCUCAGUUCUGCCUCCAGGGCAAGAUUCAUAACAAUAAAUGUCAACCUCCAAACUAUUUGUAAUCAACUAUUCGAUCGUUUCUUGCAGGAACAAAUCUGUAUUUUUUAUUGUAAUGAAAGCAUGAAAUCAGUUUAUUAUCUGGCUAUAUGCAUGAACUAAUUUCGUCCGAUAAUAAUAGACACAACAAACCAAAGGCUAUGUCAAAUUCCACGUUUUUUUCCAUUCGUUAUAAAGGAACACGAUUUGAAACUAAAAAUGUAUUUUCUUUUUUCAAUUAUAUGAGAAUGUACCUUUAAUUUCGAUUGGAAACGUGUAUGGGGCCGUUCGCACAAAUAGGCCAGUGUUUCGUUUGCAUUGCAUAACGCAAACGCUGCCAAUGGAAGACUACUGCUCCUCAGAAUCCUGUAGUGGCAAGGGAUUUAUGAAUAAUUCAGCAGCGGAGCCAUUGUGAAAAAAAAUUACGAAACAGAAAUGCUGUGACAUGACAUGCCUUGUGAAUGAACAUUUUAACAAAAAGACAUGCAGCAUCUAAAGGCAACCAAGCUCUUUCAAAAUAUAAGUGCCUAGCAGGUGCCACGUUUCUUUUUUUCAAACGAAGUGCAUUGAGUAUAGGUUAGCGAUAUGAUAAUUGUCUAAUGUAAAAUAGGAUUUAGAUCAUUUUUCAUUAACGAAUAUGACUAUUAGACUAUAUUUAGUCUACGUAGAUAAAAUGUCUUUAAAAUAAUAUUUUAUUUGGAUGAAAGAGCUUUCUAUUCAACAAAAUAAUGUAGACGACUAUAGAGAUACAACUUUUUGUUUAAAUCUAUGGGGCUGUCUGGCCUAUUCCAUUUGGAGGAUAUCUUUCGAUUAUAGCUAUGGUGUAAUUUUGUCCGGUAAAAAUGUAGGCUAGCCAUAUCCAUUUAUUGCAUCGCUUAUUUGAAAUGUGGUAUCGCUAACACGUAGCAUAAGCCUACAAAACGACAAAGUAGUAGGCUAUGGAUAGUCGUUUUCAUCAUUUAGAUAUUAGGUGUUUUGUCUUUGACUGGGUCGUCCGCAGAGUUGGUAAUUCAGAGGGUUAUUCUUCGUUUAUGUGCGGUGUACAUUUUCUGCGGGUUGACUCUGCUUUAGCUCUAUCUAUAGUGUGGGUGUGACUGGUAGUAGCAUGCAGGCUACUGUAGCUAUAUGGCUAUCUAUUGGAGCUGAAAGCUGAGGUAGCCUAUAUGACGUAUGUGUGAUAGAACACGUGUGAUAGAUCCUGCAAUGUCUUCAUUUCAAACAUUGAGCAGAAAUUGUCCUUAAAAGGAAAAUGGGAUAGAGGGCAUAGCCAUUUCAAACCUGUUAUUGCACGUGUAAAAAUCAUUAGGAUACAACAUUUUACAAUAGAUUUUUCUUACUAAAACGAAUUAAAGUAAAGUGACAUUAGGUUAUGUUAUAUUAUAUAAACAAGUUCUGCAUUAUAGACUGUAUUGGAUCGAAUGUUAACAUCCUAUAAUUCGAAGGGGCCAUGUAAAUUACUGUAAAUCUUGCCAUUUUAAGCAUCAUAUAAUUUAUGACCAUAAUGACAAUUGCAUUUCGAAGUCGAAUAUAGAGACAGGGUUUGUGCCAAAUGAGAGCGGCACACGUUGAAGUGCUAUAUGGGGGUUACGUGUAAUUUUACAAUGCAAGUGUGAUCAUAUGAUCUCGCGAGUUGCCCCUUUAUAAAUAAUCCCUGCAAAACGCUUUUGCAAUCCGGUUGCUCGAGACGCAGUAACAUUUAUUAAUUAUUGCCUUCCGAAUUUAGUCAAUAACUUGACCUUGUCAGAAUCUAUUACACAUUUCCGCAUAGCAUACUUGGUGACAUUGGAUUGCUUAAAUUGUAGGCAACAGCUUGAUUUGAAAGGGCAGGAUGGCAAUGACAGUAGCCUCACAUUUUUUACAACGAUAUUUAACGCAUAAUGCCUGUAUUAUCAACACAUCACCUAAACCUAAAUACCUAUAACCGAGGUUGUUAGUAUUUGUCCCCAAUACUAGGCUAUCCCAGGCUACACUGAUGAAUUUAAAUGAAACCAGUCCAUCGCUGUCGUUCCCUUAUUAUUUAUUGAUAAAUAGCCUAACUGUGUAGCCUUCAUGGUGCAUUAUUCUGCAACCAAUCGACCUGGGACAACAUUGUAACAAAUGAUCAAUUGAGCGAAUCUUCUGCUUAACGAACCAGAGAUGCUUGGUGCGUCCCACCAUUGGCAACCUCAAAAUUGAGUUCGAGGGGGUCAAACGGGUUGGAUUGAAGGCGUGCACGUUUAGCAACAAACCCUGUAAUUUUCUCUGUUCAACAAAUUAUAGACGAACUCCCCCUAAUAUGGUUUAAUAAACAAAGACACAAAUAUUACUACAAUUUACUAUAGCGUACCACAAGACCCCACCCCCACACACUCACAAAAGCCAUGCAGUGAGAAACACCCCCCCUUUUCUAGCUCGGCGGUGCAUUACCUCAUCCUCCUUUGUCGCUGUUGCGCACAUUUUCUGGGCUGGGAUCACCCAAUACAUUCUCCAAACAGAGUGUAUGAUCAAAUGAUGUAAAAUCAGAUGUACAAUUGUUGGAUAUAUUAAAACUAGCAUUAUAUUAGGCGAAAAUUUUAAGAUAUUUCUUGACAGUAAGUUAUAGGGUUAAGUUUUAAACAUGCCCAUAUAAAACUACCCAAAAGGCUGAAUUAAGGAAAUACAUGAAUGAAUGGACAAACUGGAUCAAAUUAAAACGAAUCACCAUAAAAAGCAACUAUUAACUUACCCUGUCAUUAUAAGACAUAUGCUAUCGAAUGUUGGGGGUAAACAAAACAUCAUUAUCCUAAAAAAAGUUAAUAAAUUCAUUUCCCCCCAAUUCCAGCUUAUCUGCUACAGGCGGUGAGAGCAACAGGGAAAUGUGAUACAGUAUUCAAAGGGUUCUCCAACUGCUUGCUGAAACUCGGGGAGAAUAUGGCCAACUAUCCACAGGAGCUGGACGAGAAGGAAAAUCUUCAGACCAUCUGCACGUAAGUUGUAUUCAUAAAAAAAAAAAAAAAAAAAAUCUAAAAAGGGGCAGGCGCACUGCACCCCAUAUACCAAACCGGUUGGUGCCAGAUGGCAGGAGAGCCGGCAGCAGGAGCACGUUAAUAGGCUAGGCUACUCCCCCUAUUCGUAGCUCACUCCUUAAUUGCAAUGAGAUAUACUAUCGACAUGGCGUGGGGUUGAGGGGGGUCAAUAUCAACAGCCUCGAUUAGAUUAGAUACAGAGUCAGGUUCAGGUUCAGGGGGAGCCACGCGCCAGCGGGUGUCUCAAUAUGAAGAAGAAGAAAAUGGAGCAGUGGCUCCUUUGAAAUGUAUAGCCUUUGUGUGAAUGUAAUAUUAUAGCCACUGUUCUUACUAUGUUAAUACAACUGUGCAUGUGAUUGGACGUUAGGGAUGUGAGAGAGAGAGAGAGAGAGAGAGAGAGAGAGAGAGAGAGAGAGAGAGAGAGAGAGAGAGAGAGAGAGAGAGAGAGAGAGAGAGAGAGAGAGAGAGAGAGAGAGAGGAGAGAGAGAGAGAGAGAGAGAGAGAGGAGAGAGAGAGAGAGAGAGAGAGAGAGAGAGAGGAGAGAGAGAGAGAUUGAACGAGGGAGGGGUUGGAUAAAAUUACGUGACUUUAGGGAAUCUUUCUCAGAGUGUGUAGAUCACAACCAACGUGGUUUUCGUUUAGCCUACAAGGGAGGUGCUAAUACUAGACUAUACUAUUAGGCCGACUAAAGAUUACAAUACAAAACUAUAAUCGAAUUAUUAUUAUUAUGCAUUUAUUGCUGGAAUGAUUUUUGGCCAUCUAAUAUUAUUACAAAACUCGAAUAUAGCACAGACAACCAAUGAGGAGAGAAAACAAGUUGUCAACAGUAGGCCAAUAUAAUGUAACGCAUGUCUUAAUUGCUUUUACAUUUGAUUUGCAGAUAUUGGGAUGACUUCCACUCAUGUGCGACCACUGCGCUGGCGGAUUGCCAAGAGGGAGCAACAGACCUAUGGGAGAAGCUCAAAAAGGAGUCCAGAAACUUGGAGUUCCAAGGAAGCUUGUUUGAACUCUGUGGUGGGGGGAACGGGGCCUCCAAAUCCACAGUUCAUUUUGGUCUCACCAUGCUUCUAACGGCACUUUCAGCCCUAGUGACUUGGCUUGCUUUUUAGCACAAGAAGAAAAAACUACAAAGAAAAAAAGCGACAAAAAAAGAAACAAAGAAGAAAAAAGAAAAACGAGUGCUAGCUAUCAACACAAAAAAUACAAAACAAAAGACGUUUGAAUUAAUCUACACCCAAAUGGAUUUAUAGGCUACUUCAUCCGGGGAAGGCGACCUGAUUUUGCAAGAGACAUUGGCAGGCCGUCUUCCGGGACUGCUCCACCAUAUUUGUCUGACCUGGGGUCAACUACAUUAAAUAUUUAGCAGGUGUUGAGUUGAAAUGAUAAUGAAAUUAUGAUGGGUCCUCGCCUGAAUACAAUCGUGGAAUGACAUAGUAUUAAAGUCGACGAUGAAUUAUUUAUAUUAGUAGCCUAGGCCUAGACAUCCCUGUUAUUUCAGGUGAUUGCAUUUCAGUCUCCCGAGUGGCGCACUGGUCUAAGGCACUGCAUCGCAG